AUGGUACAUAAGUUAUCAGAAGGUUCUUUAGAGAUAAUUAUGAAUGGUGGUCAUUAUGACAAACCAAUUAUGCAAGUGCUUGGUAGCAAAAAAAUUCAGGGAAGUGGAGCCAAUGAGAGGUUUAGGUUAUUGGUGUCUGAUGGUAAACAUUCACAUAGUUUUGCAAUGCUUGCUACUCAACUGAAUGACAAACUGAUAACUGGUGAAUUGUCAGAUUACUCAGUGGUACAAAUAGAUCGCUUUGUUACCUCUCUAUUAAAGAACACUGGCAAAGGAGAAAAACGAGUAAUGAUAAUAUUAGACCUCACAAUUGUAGCACCCGGUACACAAGUUGGUAAAAAGCUGGGGAAUCCUCAGACAUGGACAGAGGAUUCAGCAGCAGCAGCUGCUGCUCAGCCAGCCAUGCAGCCUGUAUCUAGACCCAACCCAGUGACUACUUUUAAUAUAAAGCCUACACCUAAUCCAGCACUAGAUUCCAGUAUUCUAUCGUCACAGAUGACUCAUCCUAUAGCAAGUCUAAGUCCAUAUCAAAACAAAUGGGUGAUAAAAGCAAGAGUAAUGAGCAAGUCACCCAUAAGGACAUGGAGUAAUGCAAAAGGUGAAGGUAAACUGUUCAGCAUGGAUUUGUGCGAUGAGAGUGGAGAGAUUAGAGCUACUGCAUUUAAAAAUGAAUGUGAUAAGUUUUAUGACAUAAUUCAGGUAGACAAAGUUUACUACAUUAGCCGCUGCCAACUUAAAACUGCUAACAAACAAUUUACAAAUCUGAAGAAUGAUUACGAGAUGUCAUUCACAGCUGACACAGUAGUUGCUGAAUGUAUGGAUGAAGCAUCAUCGGUGCCAUCAAUCAAAUAUGAAUUUGUUCCAAUCAAUGAAAUAGCUAACAAAAGUCCUGAUACAUUGCUUGAUAUAAUUGGUGUAUGUAAAUCAGUAGCUGAUAUACAAGAACUGACACAAAGAAGCACAGGAAGGCUUUUGAAAAAACGAGAAAUCACACUUGUUGAUUCUUCCGGCGGUGCAGUCGUUCUCACUCUCUGGGGCAGUGAAGCAGAAAAAUUUGAUGGAAGUACAAACCCUGUAAUAGCUGCAAAGGGUGCCCGUUUAACAGAAUUCAAUGGCAGUAAAUCACUAUCAUGCUUAGCGAGUACCAUGCUCCGCUUAAAUCCAGACUUACCUGAAGCGCACAAAUUACGGGGCUGGUAUGACAAUGGAGGAGCCAACAUGGACAUAGUCAAUAUUUCUGCUAGGUCUGGUGCAUAUGGAGGCGGCAGCAACGAGUGGAUCACAUUCGCGGAAGCCGAGGCGAGGCAGCUCGGUGCAGGAGACAAGGGAGACUACUACUCUCUGCUUGGAGUACUCACAUUCACAUUUUCGGAUAAUGCAGUGUACAAAGCCUGCCCGCAGGAGCAGUGCAAUAAGAAACUUGUGGACCAGGAGAACGGACUUUACAGAUGUGAAAAGUGCAACAGAGAGUACCCUAAUUUCAAAUACAGAUUGUUACUCGGCGCAAAUGUGUCCGACCCCACCGGCGAUCAACGUAUUACAGCUUUUAACGAAGCGGCAGAAGCUAUCCUAGGUAAAACAUCUGCAGAGAUUGGACAAAUGUUUGAAUAUGAUAAAGCUGCUUAUAGUCAGAUAUUCGAAGAAGUCAAAUUUAAAACUUUCGUCUUUAAGUUUCGCACCAAAAUGGAGACAUACAGUGAUGAAGCCCGAUUAAAAACCACAGUAAUGAGUGCGCAACCUGUCGAUUACAAAGACGCCAAUGCACGACUUAUAAAGAGCAUUAAGGCCUUAAGUGGAGUUGAAGUGUGA